AUGGUCCGCGAUCACAGCCCUAAACGGCGCAAACUCGACUCGGACCGAUAUGCAUCCCCCUCCCCGAUCCCCAACCCUGCCCCGAGACACAUUUAUAAACGUUAUCGAAUAGAGAACAGCGAAACACCUGGGCCAGGAGAUCUCAAGAAUGGUGCCGCAACACCUCGCCAGCAUGAAUUCGACGGCCCGGAACCCCUUGUUAAUAACGAAGACGUUGUGGCUUUAGAUCGGGACUGGUACGCUGGCGAUGAGCUUGGACAUACGUUUGGGGACGAGACGCACAAUCCGUUUGGCGGAGCGGAUAGCUCAUGGGCGGAUAUGCAGCGGGAAGCUGCCUUGUCUGAAAAGAAAAACAAUCGCCGCUUCAAUGCGCGUGCGGUGCAGAAGCAGAAAGAUGUGGAUGCCUGGGAAACAAACCGGAUGCUGACAUCCGGUGUCGCGCAAAGAAGAGACUACGAGGCGGACUUUGAAGAUGAUGAGGACUCAACUCGGGUGCAUUUACUGGUGCAUGACUUGAAGCCGCCAUUUUUAGAUGGGAGGACGGUUUUUACGAAGCAGCUGGAACCUGUGCCGGCGGUUCGAGACCCUCAGAGCGAUAUGGCUGUCUUCAGUCGGAAGGGAAGCAAGGUUGUGAGGGAAAAGAGACAAUUACGAGAACGGCAGAAGCAAGCGCAAGAUGCUACGAACGUUGCCGGAACGGCGCUGGGUAAUCUUAUGGGGAUCAAGGAAGACGAAGGCGAUAGUGCGGCGGCAAUUCCCGGUGAAGAGGACCAUAAAGGCGGUAGCAAAUUUGCCCAGCAUUUAAAAAAAAAUGAAGGCGUGAGCGCUUUCAGUAAGAGUAAAACACUGAGGGAGCAGAGAGAAUAUCUACCAGCCUUUGCCGUCAGGGAAGAAUUGCUGCGUGUGAUCAGAGACAACCAGGUUGUGAUAGUCGUUGGCCAGACCGGUUCUGGAAAGACUACACAAUUGACCCAAUUUUUACACGAAGAUGGCUAUGCAAAAGUGGGCAUGAUUGGGUGUACUCAACCCCGUCGUGUUGCUGCAAUGAGUGUCGCGAAACGAGUGAGCGAGGAAAUGGAGGUUAAGCUGGGCGGCUUAGUUGGUUAUGCCAUCCGUUUUGAAGACUGCACGAGCAGUGAGACGGCAAUAAAAUAUAUGACUGAUGGCGUUCUCUUGAGAGAGUCUUUGGUACAGCCUGAUCUAGAUAAGUACUCAUGCAUUAUAAUGGAUGAGGCGCACGAGCGAGCGUUGAAUACCGACGUAUUGAUGGGACUAAUUAAAAAGGUCCUUGCUCGCCGUCGAGACUUGAAGCUUAUUGUGACCUCCGCGACAAUGAACGCGGAACGGUUCUCUAAAUUUUAUGGAGGUGCACCUGAAUUUUUUAUUCCUGGAAGAACAUUUCCAGUUGAUAUUCAAUAUUCUCGGUCGCCAUGCGAAGACUAUGUCGACAGUGCUGUAAAGCAGGUCCUUGCCAUACAUGUUUCCCAAGGCGCUGGAGAUAUCUUGGUGUUCAUGACCGGACAAGAGGAUAUCGAGGCUACCUGCGAUCUGAUCCAUGAGAGGCUUGCACUUUUAAACGAUCCACCAAAAAUAAGUGUCCUGCCCAUUUACAGUCAAAUGCCCGCCGAUCUUCAGGCCAAAAUCUUUGACAAAGCCCCUCCAGGAGUCAGAAAAGUGAUCGUGGCUACGAAUAUUGCUGAGACUAGUUUGACAGUUGAUGGUAUUAUGUACGUUGUCGACUGUGGUUUCUCGAAGCUGAAGGUGUACAAUCCACGUAUGGGCAUGGACACCUUGCAAAUUACGCCGAUAUCUCAAGCUAACGCAUCCCAACGUGCUGGCCGUGCUGGUCGAACCGGACCUGGCAAAGCAUAUCACCUUUACACGGAGCUUGCCUUCAAAAACGAAUUCUAUAUACAAACGAUUCCUGAAAUUCAACGCACCAACCUCGCGAAUACAGUCCUUCUCCUCAAGUCCUUGGGAGUAAAGGAUUUACUUGAUUUCGAUUUUAUGGACCCACCUCCGCAGGACACAAUCACCACGUCUCUAUUUGAUCUAUGGGCAUUAGGAGCUAUCGACAACCUUGGCGAUCUCACGCCCAUGGGCCGCCGUAUGAGUGCAUUUCCGAUGGAUCCUUCUUUAGCAAAAUUGCUUAUCACUGCGUCCGAGGAAUAUGAAUGCAGCGAAGAAAUGCUUACAAUAGUGUCUAUGUUAUCGGUACCUAGUGUAUUUUAUCGACCAAAGGAACGCCAAGAAGAGUCCGAUGCCGCCCGCGAGAAGUUCUUUGUACCUGAAUCCGACCAUCUUACUCUACUUCACGUCUAUUCUCAAUGGAAGUCAAAUGGGUACUCCGAUGGGUGGUGUGUACGUCACUUUCUCCAUCCCAAAGCGCUUCGACGAGCGAAGGAGAUUCGAGAGCAACUGCAUGACAUCAUGUCUAUGCAGAAAAUGGCCCUUAUGAGUUGUGGCACUGACUGGGACGUCAUCCGAAAAUGCAUUUGCUCUGGAUAUUACCACCAGGCUGCCAGGGUCAAAGGCAUUGGUGAAUAUAUCAAUCUGCGUACUAGUGUUACAGUGCAACUUCACCCAACAAGUGCUUUGUAUGGGCUUGGAUUUUUACCGGACUAUGUUGUCUAUCAUGAGUUGAUUUUGACGAGCAAGGAGUACAUGUCUUGUGUGACUUCUGUUGAUCCUCGAUGGCUCGCUGACCUAGGUGGCGUUUUCUAUUCCAUUAAAGAAAAAGGGUACUCUGCUCGGGAGCGACGCGUUACAGAGCGUGAAUUUAAUAGACGCAUGGAGAUCGAAACGCAGAUGGCGGCGGACCGCGAGCGGGCGGCGCAGCUCGCGCUUCAGGAGGAAGAGAAGGAGAAAUUAAAAAGAAGGCAGGAAGGAUCAGGGGGCUCUGCUACUGUAGGAAUGGUGUCAGCUGCGAGAAAACCCGCUACAACAGCGGCAAAAACAGGUAGCAGCGUUGUCAAGCGACCUCCAAUUAAGAGAUUUAGCAGAGGAUUUUGA